AUGGCCGCCAUCAACCCCGCGGUGGUGCUGCCAGAUAGCCUGGGGACUUCGCUCGGCCUGCCCGGCUACGCGCCAGGCUUAACGUUCGGAGAGGCGCUGCAGCACAUCGAAAACAUGAAGGCGAACGACCACCCACGCGUCCACGUCAGCAGGCUGGAUACGGCAGGGCACCGCGCAAUCGCCGAUCUACCCGCGCAGUUCGCGACGGGCAAGAUGAUCGUGCACUUCGCGGAUUACCUGGGCGACUACGAGGGCGACAUCCAAUGGGGAACUCUGCGCGACUGCGCGAAGACUUGCGACUUCAAGAACAUGCCCGAGCCCUUCUCCCUGAAGAAGGAGCCACCCGGCCAGUACUCCAUGCAGGUGAUGGGCUUCAUCCCCGACAAGUACACGUGCCCGUGCUGCGGUGGGAAUGACUAUGACGUCGUGCACCGCAAGGACAAGAGUGCCGUCUUCGAAGGCGCGCAGUGCAAAUCGUGGAUGGAUUUCCUGGAUGUGAUGACGACGCGGCUGUACGACUACCCCAAACUGAUCAUGGGGAAUGAGUCUGAGCGCCACCACUGCGUGAUCGAUAGGUGGGUUUCUACGUUUCAGACCAAGGUUGCAUCUGCGCUCCACGCGGCCAUGGCAUCGAACGGGUUCUGGCCGAAAACGAACAAGAAGCAGAAGCGGAAGAGGGGCGUUCAGGCGAAAUCCCGCGCCAGGGUCCGAGCGGUAGCCAAGGCGGCCGCCGUUCGGAGGAACGCUGGUGUCGGCCCCCGCAAGAAGAGCGAGAUCAAGAACUACAAGAUCGUCGCCCAAGUGGAUGAAGCGCACCUGAACAAGCGGAAGCCUGGUCGACUCGCGCGAGCGGCGCGCCCCCAGAAAGAUCAGGUGUGGGCGUGGGGUGCAACUGUCCAGGGCCGCCCUGAUGUCUGGCUCUUCCGAGUCCUCGACCACCCCCUGGACGCCUUCAACGGCAAGCCGCGGGGGCGCGACGAGAUGCUGACGAACAUGCACCUUCUCCUCAAGAAGGGCACUGUGCUGGUCAGCGACUCCUGGGGCGCCACGAUCUCGGCCGUGAAGGAGUUCAAGAAGCUCAAGCGCUGGACGGCGAAGGACCUGCGCCACGAGCUCGUCGCGCACUCUGCAGGCGAAAUUGUGAACCCGAACGGGUUCACAACCAACGGCAUCGAGGCCGUGUGGUCCGUGGUCAAACGCUGGGUUCGCCGCCGCUGCGGCGGUAGAAUGCCGAGUCACUCGGACCGCGAACAGUGGCGCGCGCAGCUGGCGGAGCUGCAGUGGCGUAAGAUGAACGCGCACAAGACGUUGGAUUGGGGACAUACGUACUUCGUGCCGUUUGCCGCCCUUGCCGCCGCCUGCAAACCGCUCGAGUGA